CCUUGCCUUAACUAGGAAGCACACUGCGUUGAUCUCAGAGUCCUCCGAAUUACAUCUCUGCCAUCCACCUCCUCGAUGUCGAUGGAACCGACUCAAUCGCCGCCGUCGGAGACGGAAGUUCACUCCAGCGAGGACUUCGUUCACGACGAAGAAGACUCCAAGCCUACCGUCGACAUGUCGUCAAGCGAGAGCAUCGUGAAUGUGGAGAAGGAGGACCUGCUCGACGACGACGAUGCGGUGGUGGAGGAAGCACAGAACGACUCCGAUUCCGUGGUUAGCGGCGGCGAUGCACCAGCAGCUGGUGAUGAUGGAGAUGGUGAGUCCUCACCGGAGGUGGUGGAGCUACUGGAGGAGUUGGUGAAAAGCGGUGCCAUGCUGGCGUGCGAGUCUACUGCGGAUACCGGAUCGUGCUAUGUGUUUUUGAUCGGUACUUCUCAUGUGUCAGAGGAAUCUUGUCGAGUAGUUAAAGCGGUAAUCAGCGGCUUGAAACCUGAGGCUGUCUUCUUGGAGUUGUGUUCAAGCCGAGUGGCUAUGCUCCAACCUCAGACUCUUAAGGUUCCAACCAUGUCGGACAUGAUUGAAAGUUGGAAGCAGAAACAAAACACGUUCGGAAUACUCUAUGGCUGGUUUCUUGCAAAGAUCGCCAGUCAGCUUGAGGUAUUCCCUGGUGCUGAGUUUCGUGUGGCAUAUGAAGAGGCUAUUAAAUAUGGGGGCACUGUGAUACUUGGUGAUCGUCCUAUACAGAUCACUUUAAAAAGAACAUCGGCAAAGAUGCCUCUAUGGCACAAGGUAAAGUUUUUGUACGCCUUCAUGUUUCAAGAUGUCUCCUUGCCAAGCUCUGAAGAAGUCGACAAAACGUCGCAAGAAAUGGAAACUGCCGAUACGAUGACUUCUUUGAUCGAAGAACUGAGCAAGGAGUUUCCAUCUUUCAUGGAAACACUUGUGCAUGAGCGAGACCAGUUCAUGGCAUCCUCUUUACUGAGAGUUGCAAGUGAGCACAACUCGGUUGUGGCAGUUGUCGGCAGAGCGCAUGUUAAUGGAAUCAAGAAGAAUUGGAAGCAACCUGUAUCGAUAGAGGAUCUUAUGGAGAUACCAGGCGAUGGGUCAAUGUUUACAGUGAAGAGGAUAGUAUCAUUAGUGGGGAUUGCAGUUGCAGGGACAGCUAUAGUUACUGGCAUAGUUCUUGCAGGAAGAAGAUGAAGUAGACUGUGAUGAGGGCAGAGUUUUUUCUCUUCAUUCUACUGAGUGAGCCCUACAAAGGAAUAAUACAAACUUUAUACCAUAAUGGUUAUAUUUCACAUAAUAAUUUCUCCUUUUCUGUGGGCCGCUAUUUUUCUUUAAAACAGUCGAAUGUAUCAACAAUGGUUAUGUUUCACAUAAUAACUUCUUUAAUGCUUUUGGAUCUUCUCGUUUGC